GCUGCUUAGUCAUCUCUUCCACCGCCCUUCAACAACACUUGCCAAAACCAAAAAUCAGAUUCCCAAAUCGCCAACUUUUCUUCUUCUUCUUCUUCUUCUUUACCAACCCUUCAAAAAGAUCUAUGCUUUGAUUCAUAUUUGCUUUACCCUUUUCUGUUUCCUAGCAUUUUACCCUACUUUUCUUGUUGCAGGUUAGGGAAGUGUCUUCCUUCACUGAAUGAUAGUAUCGUCUUUGUGAUUGGAUAACAAGUCAAUGUUUGAGGGUGUUGUCUGAAAUGGUGAUGGUUCGCCACGUAGAAUUGCAGAAAACCGUAUGCCGCGUGGAAGACUUCCUAUGAUGGAUCUAAAAAGAGGUUAUGAUGUCGAACGUGAUGGAUCUAGAAUUCAGCAUGACCUGUGGCCUUUAGAUGAAAUUGAUCCGAAGAACGCGAAGUUUCCUUGUUGUCUAGUUUGGACCCCACUCCCGGUUGUCUCAUGGUUGGCGCCUUUCAUUGGACAUGUCGGCAUUUGCCUUGAGGCAGGAGCGAUUUUGGACUUUUCGGGAUCGUAUUUUGUUAAUAUCGAGGAUUUUGCUUUUGGUGCUGUUGCUCGAUACGUACAACUCGAUAGAGAAAAGUGCUGCUUUCCCCCGAACCUGGCCGGGCACACAUGCAAGCAUGGGUACCAGCACACAGAGUAUGAGACUGCACUCACAUGGGAUGAUGCCUUGCAGUCGAGCGUGCGUUACUUUGAGCACAAGAGCUACAACCUCUUCACGUGCAACUCUUACUCGUUCGUUGCCAAUUGUCUCAACCGGCUCUGCUACGACGGAUCAAUGAAUUGGAACAUGAUAAGCGUGGCUGUACUGUUGAUGCUCAAGGGGCAGUGGGUCGAUACAAUGUCGAUAGUAAGAUCAUUCCUCCCUUUCACAGUAGUGCUCUGCCUUGGGUUAGUACUGGUCGGGUGGCCGUUCAUGGCCGGACUCUUCUCGUUUUCUCUCCUCCUCCUCAUGUGGUUUCUGUUGGGGACUUACUGUGCAAAAACCUUACUGGAAAGCUAGAGGUUUCACUCUCUUCUCUCCUUUUUACCCCCACUGAAGUUGAAUUUUCCGGUUAGUCGAAAGAUGCAGGCAUAGUCGGUACAGUUCGGUGUUUCUUUCGAAAUCCUAGGUUGUCGAAUACCUAACAGACAGUGGCCUAAGGUUGUCUUGUCCCUUCCCUCAACAAACUAAAUUGUAGAUUUGCUUCAGUAAAGGGAAACUGAACAUCUUAUUACAAUCCUAAUAGUUCUGGUAGUAACUUCA